AUGUCACUAGUAGAUUUGGGAAAGAAACUUUUAGAAGCUGCACGAGCAGGUCAAGAUGACGAAGUUCGCAUUUUGAUGGCAAAUGGAGCACCUUUUACCACAGAUUGGUUGGGAACAUCUCCACUUCAUCUAGCAGCACAGUAUGGACACUACUCAACAACAGAAGUGUUGCUGCGCGCAGGUGUAAGUCGGGAUGCCAGAACCAAAGUGGACAGAACUCCAUUACAUAUGGCAGCAUCAGAAGGCCAUGCCAGCAUAGUAGAAGUCUUACUUAAGCAUGGUGCUGAUGUCAAUGCGAAGGACAUGCUCAAAAUGACUGCACUUCACUGGGCUACUGAACAUAACCACCAAGAAGUUGUAGAACUCUUAAUAAAGUACGGAGCAGAUGUUCAUGCUCAGAGUAAAUUUUGCAAAACGGCGUUAGAUAUUGCAGUAGACAAUGGAAAUGAAGACCUCGCAGAAAUAUUACAGAUUGCCAUGCAGAACCAAAUCAAUACGAAUCCAGAGAGUCCAGACACUGUGACGAUACAUGCAGCAACACCGCAGUUCAUCAUAGGACCUGGAGGGGUGAUGCACCUAACAGGUCUGGUAUCUUCUGCACAUACAUCAAAUGGAAAAGAAGAAACAGGAGUGUCUACUGUACAGUUUGGAAAUUCAUCGACAUCAGUAUUAGCCACAUUGGCAGCUUUAGCAGAAGCAUCAGCUCCACUGUCUAAUUCUUCAGAAACACCAGUUGUGGCCACAGAAGAGGUUGUGACUGCAGAAUCUGUGGAUGGUGCUAUUCAGCAGGUUGUCAGUUCUGGAGGUCAGCAAGUUAUUACUAUAGUUACAGACGGCAUUCAGCUUGAUAAUUUGCAUUCGAUUCCAACCAGUGGAAUAGGGCAACCAAUCAUUGUGACCAUGCCAGAUGGACAGCAAGUAUUAACAGUUCCAGCAACAGACAUUGCUGAAGAAACUGUGAUAAGCGAAGAACCGCCAGUGAAGAGACAGUGCAUUGAGAUUGUUGAAAAUCGUGUGGAGUCUGCAGAAAUAGAAGAAAGAGAAACUCUUCAGAAACAGCUGGAUGAGGCAAACAGAGAAGCACAAAAAUAUCGUCAGCAGCUUCUAAAGAAAGAACAAGAAGCAGAGGCUUAUCGGCAGAAGUUAGAGGCAAUAAACCGCCUCCAGACUAAUAAAGAAGCCGUUUAAUAAAAAAAAAUGAACAUACUACAAAGCCUGUUACUUUCCCAAAUCUGCAGUACAAUCUUGAACUGUACACUGUAUAGGUACAGACACAGGAUUACAUGAUAGAGAAGAUGCUACAAGUUGAUAACUGGACUUAAGCCGUGAGCUCUGAUGAAUUUCUUGUAACAUAAAAACUCUGAAUUUAGACAUUGUGAAAAAUAUUUAAAAUUAAAUACUGUAAAUAGUUGGUUUUUUUACAGUUUCAAAAUGAGUUGAUAAAUCUUUUUGAAGGGAUCCAGAAACACGAGAAGCCAAUGUUUUUGUGAAAUUUUUGAUUUUAGUAUGAAUCUAACUUCUGAAAAACAGAACAGUUUUAAGGGUGAUAUUGAUUUAAGCUGACAACUUGAAAAUGAAUUAUAUGACAAAAUGAAUUAACAGUUAUUUCUACAUGGUAACAACUUAAACUUCUCUGAAUAAGACAUUUCCAGGUGGAAAUCUUUGUACAGCUUUAAGUAGUUGUCUCAGAUUCUCUGAAAACCAUUUUGGGUUUGUUUUUUUUAUUUUAGGCGGUGAAAUUUUUAUAUUUAAUUUCAGAUAUAUCCAAGUAGAUUUACAUGUAUAUGAAGCUAAUAUUUUUUAAACUUUUCAGUUUGUACAUAUGCUGCAUGUUUUUAUAAUUUCUAUACAUACAUCUUGCAUAGGUAUUUUUCAGCAAAGAUGAGAAAAAUUAUGAGAAAAAUGUUUAGCCUAUAGGUCAUUCGAAGUAAGCUAGCAGCCAGUUUUAUUGUGGAUGGUAUAUCUCUUGGAAGAAUGUAAUUUGUAAUUAAAAAGAACAAAAAAAAAAUCAUAAUUUACGUAUUAGAGGCAAUUUAAAAUUUGGUAGUGGAGGCAUUGAAACUUGACUUUGUGUGUCUUACAGUUUUCCUGUACAGACAUUUUAAAGUUCAGUAAUGAGUAGAAAAGAAUGUCUCCACUGGAACCCAAAUAGUAGUUCUUUUAGAAUAUUCCUAUUGACCUGUUUUCCCCAAUAACCUUGAAAUUAUUUCACUGAUACAUUUUUUUCUAAACAGACUUUUGCAUUUUAAUUAUGCAAUUGGACAAGUAAUUUUUUUAUGUUGUAGUGAUGCUGCACUUACCUAGCAUCAUUGUUCUUCACUGUGAUACUGUGUUUGUGUGUGUCUGUGCAGUGAUCUAUUAUGCUUAGGAUUUAUAUAGCACAUUACAUCUUCAGAGCAUUGUAAAACCUUUUAAAGAACCCUUACUGUACUGCCUGAGGCAGGUGAGUGAGUGUUACUGUCUCAAUUUUAUAACUGGCAUAAGCGCAACACAAGGAGUGUUAAACGACUGGCCCAAGACCACGUGAAUCUGUGGUAGACCUGAGAACAGAUCUCAGGAGUUCCUGGCUUCUAGUCCUGUGCUGAGACUGAGCUGCCUUAAGAUUGUUCAGUGCUGUGUUACAUUAAAUUUUGAACUACUGUGCAGAUUCCUUUUUUGUAAGAUAAAGCUCUUUGUGCUUUGCUUUGUUGUUCCAUGUUUCACUGCUUUUAUGGAAUUGUUUAUAUAAACUUAAGCAAAAAGUUUAGUUUACCUAUACUGUACACAGAAGAAUUACCCUUAAAACUGUACUCUGGCCUACUUUUUCUAUUUUACAAUUAAAUAUCUUUUC